UUAGUGCUAUUUUUGUUUAUAAGUCGUCCUUUCUCGUAUGUCAUGCGAGUGCGAGUUUCAUAGUGUUUUAGAAGUAAAAUAAAUUAAUUUGUACAGUUGUAAAUUUCCGUAUUUGUAUAAUUUAGCUACAUUACCACUCCCCUAGCUAGUUUUUUAUUUAAUUUAUUUUAUGAAAAAAUGUCGACUCCGGCCCGACGACGCCUCAUGAGAGAUUUCAAACGGUUGCAGGAGGACCCCCCCACGGGAGUCAGCGGCGCCCCCACAGACAAUAACAUUAUGAUAUGGAACGCCGUCAUCUUUGGCCCCCACGAUACGCCCUUCGAGGAUGGCACCUUUAAAUUAACUAUCGAAUUCACAGAAGAAUAUCCCAAUAAACCGCCCACGGUCCGAUUUGUGAGUCAUAUGUUUCAUCCCAACGUUUACGCCGAUGGGGGCAUCUGUUUAGACAUUUUACAGAACAGGUGGAGCCCCACGUACGAUGUCUCGGCGAUUUUAACUUCAAUUCAAUCGUUACUGAGCGACCCCAACCCGAACUCUCCAGCGAACUCGAUGGCCGCACAACUCUAUAAAGAAAACAGAAGAGAAUACGAGAAGCGAGUAAAAGCGUGUGUGGAGCAGAGCUUUAUCGACUAGCGCCUUGGCAAGAAGUGUGUAUACCUGAGCUACUUUCUGUGCUUCUAAAUUACAGCCACGCGUAUCGUUCUAAGUUGCUUCAAUCUCAAAAUAUUCAAAAACUGAUUUGUCGUCUGCAACUCACUAGAUAUUUUAUCAAGUUGGACAAUUUUUCCCGGUUCUAAAUUAAUUUCAGUCACGAUUUAUCAGUAUGUAUUCAAUAACAGUGUAAGUAAAUUUUUUAAAAAGAAAAUAUUAUGUAUUUUUUAAGUACUUUCAAUUUGUUACACAUUUAUUUAAUAAGUUGUGUUAAUCUCUUUAUGUUUUCCCCUAUUCGUACGAUUUCACCUCAUCAAGGGUAUUUAAAUGUGUUAUGCAUAUACUUAAAUAAAUUAUUAUAAGAAAAAACAA